AUGUCCUUCCAAGACGCAAAGAAGCCGUCGCAGCUCGACGCGCCCAAGAUCCACAAGAUCCGCAUCACCCUCACCUCGCGCAAAGUCUCCGCGCUGGAAAAGGUGUGCGCCGAGCUGAUCGAGCGCGCCAAAACCAAGGACCUCCGCGUCAAGGGCCCCGUGCGCCUGCCCACCAAAAACCUCAAAAUCUCCACGCGCAAGACGCCUUGUGGUGAGGGCAGCAAGACCUGGGAUACGUUUGAGAUGAGCAUUCACAAGCGCCUGAUCGAUUUGAAUGCGCCGACGGAGGUGGUCAAGCAGAUCAUCAUCAACAUUGAGGCUGGUGUGGAGGUUGAGGUGACCAUUGCUGCAUAG